CAAAGGAAUAAAAUAUAUGACAAUCGAGGAACUUGUCAAAGAUUACCUAGAGUAUUCUGAAAAUAAUUUCGAUAUGGAAGGUCUAAGAAAUGGACAAAUAAUAAGAUUAAACAAAACUGCAAUUAGAAAUAAUAUUGCAACGAACAUCAACGAAACGUACGACGAAGGCAACGAACUCACGUACCUGCAUGCCGGAGAUUUGAUUGCAAAUGAUACCAAUAAUGAUAUUUAUGAAUUUGAUUACACUACGGAAACGCCGAAUGUACACACAAAUAUUUCAGAAGCCGCUGCAAAUAAAACAAAAACCAAGUUCUUGGAACUCUACAAUCUAUUGCCAGCAGUCGGGGCAAUCAAAAUAGUAAAACCCAUAAAUAAAACUAAGGAAUCGUGGUACGUCCCUGAGACGUACCCAUGUUGGGAGCUUCCUCUGUUAUAUGGAGAAAUAGUGAAAAAGAAUAUAUCUGAAGUAUUUACGUCAUAUCCGUUGUUUUUGAAGAACGUUAUCGACGAUCAUCCUGACGUUCAAAGACGAAGGGAUAGACUCCAAAAUAUCACCUACAACCGUGCCUCAAAAUGGUGUUCAAUUCUCCCCUGUCAUGGCGACCACACACUCUGCUUGUACCCUACAGAUAGGUAUUCAGUAAUAUGCAAUUCGUUCUACAAAGUCUACACUUUAAGACCAAUGCAGCAAGUCGCGUUGGUUAACACCAUCAACGCCAUGAGGAACCUCGUUGCACAGGGAACGCCGGACGAGUAUCCAUAUUUGCCACCCGCGGCUAAUAUGAAGCAGAUUAUUUAUAACAUAGAUUUGGAAGAAAUGGCAGAUAGGUGGUUAAAACAGUGCCUGCCGGGACCUGCACCGUGUUUAUCACUGGAAUCAAAACUAGUGUCUCAGCUGGAAUGCUUUAAACGAAUUGAGAGUUGCUGUUGGAGAACAGCUUGGUAUUCUAAUUGCAUACCACUUCCCGAGUGCUUUGUAGACCCAGUGGUGGGCUGUGUCCACGCGUGGUUCAUGAGUGCCGGCACACAUUUACAACCUAUGCACAUAGGUUGCGGUCAUAUAGAAAAAUAUACGUUUCAUACUAUACAGCUUAUUUGGGCCAACACGAAUAAGAUUGGAUGCGCAUACGCCAAGAAACGGUCGGGAGAAAUCCGAGUUAUAUGCAACUUUGCCCCCGGUGCCCCAUUUUACUUGGACACAAAAUACUAUUGCGGCAUAUUAAGGCAUAACAACAUGCGGCACUAUUUACCAGAUGGUGGCAUAACGAAUUUGACAUAUUUAAAAAAAUUGGGUUUUAUCCUACAACCUAUGAAAACGGCACCGAGGGACAAUAACAAUUUAACUGCAAAAAACAUGUCUUAUCCAGAAUGCAGCAGUAACUAUGAAUGGGGCAUUGUUGCUUUGAGACAGCAGUAUCCUACGAAUUGGGUUAGAAAUAAAUUGAACCUACACGAAAAUGGCUCUACUGGUGUUAUUGCAAGAUUGGUGACGAGGUACGACUUUCAAGAAGAAACCUGCGCACGCUGCGAUGUAGACGAACCAAUAUACGAAAUCGGCGCACCCGGAUCGCUUUGCAAAAAACAAGGAAACAGAUUUAGCUCGCUAUGUUACGAGUAUAAGGUUGCUACAGGGUACAGAAUCAUCUCAGUUCUUGCGCCUAUGAUUUUGUUGACUCUUAUAUUGUUCGAUUUGUUUAGUAGUGUUUUAAGGCAAUAUCAUUAGUGUAAAACACACAGGUAACAUGAUCAGUUUGCUCAUUUGAAAAAUCCUCUGAGACUGUUUCUUUCCGGCUUCUUCUUAACAUCCAUGGCAACAUAUAAUAUCAGUACAGAGUACUAAAAAA